AAGUGGUGGUUCGAGAAAGUUGCUGAAGAUUGUGGUCAACAUGAAAACUUUUUCUGAAAAAAAUAAUGGGAAACUAGGUAUCAAACUGCCAGCCAUGGAAGAGGUUGUCUGGCCGUUGGAUCUUUAAUCGAUAUUGAUAUCUGAAUUCCGGGGCACAAUGGACGACAGAACGACCACCAGACGGGUACUCUGAGAGAGAAAGAGGGGGCAUUGUUCAGAUGUGAUCGAUCCUGCGACUCUGGGGGUUGAAGCCACAGCAGCGAGGUCGAUGGUAUGAAAAUUAUGGGUUGUUGGCUGCUGAUACCGCUCCCACUGGCUGUGUUGUUCAUCUUAGUUGAAGGAUUGCCAGCGCCACAGAUAAGUCAACACGGUCAGCCCCAAGCAGGCUCCGUGAGCACUCCCAUACCAGGCAAUAUAUUAUUCCCCGUUGGAGGCGGCGGAGUAGGAGGCAUCAGAAGAACGCUGUCGGGAUGGAGGGAAUGGAGGCGAGCAGAUCCGACCCUGAUCCACAGUCUGUGGCGCAGCAAGAUGGGCAACGGGAUAAGGAAACAGCUGGGCAAAGCGGAAGUCUACAUCAUGCUAGCCCUGUUCAUAGGCCUCGUGACAGUCGUCAUAGGAUGUUGGCUGUCAGACAACUGUUGGUCCCCGGACCCAGACAACUACGUGGUCACAGUGGCCUGACCAACACCCAAACCACCGAACAUGAACUCUGUGCACACCACCCUAGAGGUGGAAAACGAAUCAUCGAACACAUCCUCGCGCGAAUCGACCACAGACAGCGACUGGCCUCUGGAAGGAUCGACGAACGGCGAUUCCAUAAAUCUGUGACAUCAGAUUUUGCCCGACGAGGCUUUCUUCGAGGCGGAAGAGGACGAGGAGCUGGAAGAAGAAGAAGAAGAGGCGAACGCGGACCAGAUCAUAGAUCACACGAACUUCUGUCAACUGCACAAACAAGACAGUCUCAUGGACGAUAAGGACGUUUAUCGCGAGUGUCGCUUGGACAUCGACGAAUGUCUGUGAUUGUGAACAUUUCUAUGACAGUAGUUCUUAAAACGGCUGUCGGUCUUCUAUGGCCGCGGCAAGGUUAUACGAACGACUCUAUGAUAUUAUGUUAGUUUCUAAAUCAAAUACCUUUCGAACGCAUCUACUGACAGUGGGAGAACACAGAUUACCAUCUUGUUUCUAUGUUCAACGUAGCGAUUGCGGGACCGACGAAUCAUAGAGAUUUUAUUCGGGUUUUCGGAAAAUUGGGCUAGAGGGCGCGUUUGGGAACGAGCUGUCAUUUAUCGGUUCCGCAAUUGGAUUUUUGAUAACGUUCUUUCUAUAACUGAAUGAUAUGUCAAUUAGUACGAUACUAAGUGUUUAUACGAUGUAAAGUUUAGUUGAAGCACUAAUUUAUUUCCCUAGAUAUAUCCAUAUCAACCUGCCUUUUCUUAGAUGUGCCUAACCUGCAAGACUACCGGAUCUUACCUCCCUCGAUUUGGAAUUGAUUGUAUUGAAGAGGAUUCGUAGUCUUGCUGCCAUUCAUACCCCUUAGAAACUUACUGAAAUGUAUAUCUGACUAUACUGAAUUAUCUACUUAUAUUCAACUCAGGACCAACGGAAAAUUUUGGAAAUGUUUUGGAUAUUAAAAUUUGAAUUUGAGAAAAUGAGGUUUUGAAAAACUUACAUUCAGGUAAGUGGCGGCUUGUAAUCGUAUUCUGCCUAAAAAAAUUUUAUAAAAUUUUCUUGUAAAAUUUAUCAAACAAGACACAAGAUGAAAAUAAUAAAAAUCAAUUAUUGGUCCUGAUUUGAAUGAUCUGAAAAUCAUCGCUGUAUUCAUCAGUCUUAACAUAAAUCUCAUCUCACACUUUCAACUUUCCUAAUGAAUUAUGAAAAGAAGAUUUCCACUGGGAAUAUUAAAAAAUCCACGAAAUUGCACAUAUUUUAAUUUGUUUACUAAUUAUGGGGCAAUACUUCCAUAAAAAGUACGAAAUAUUCACCAUUGAGGUUAUGGAAAAUGUAAAGCGCCCUCUAUAGAAAAUAUAAGGCGCCCUCUAUGGAAAAUGUGGAGCGCCCCCUAUGGAAAAUAUAAAGCGCCCUCUAUAAAAAAUAUAAGGCGCCCUCUAUGGAAAAUGUGGAGCGCCCCCUAUGGAAAAUAUAAAGCGCCCUCUAUAAAAAAGUUAAUUCAAUUUUUCGACAGGCGAACAAAAUGAGCUCAGUGUCAACACAGGGUUUUUAUACAUCUCAGAAUCAGAAUAAUAUUUGACAAUAGCGAAUAUUGGUCUGUUGAAAUUCGAAUAAGUAGAGUCGAUUUUAAUUUUCCUCAUUUUCUCCACCCUUUGAAACCAAGAAUGACUGAAUAUUGAACUGAUAAUAAAAAAGCACAAAUAUUAGCAGCGAUGAUUGUGAAUUGAGGCUUAAUAUAAUGGAGAAAACCAUUGUAAAAAUAUUUUUCCGAAAAUUUUGAAGGUUAACUUCCUGUAGGUUAUAACGACAGUGUUUGAUGUUUUCAGAAAAUCCAUUGAAUAUACAUUCCUCCUGAAGAAGUAGAGAAAACGGCCUAAUAUUGUCCAGAUCUAUCGCUAAACCUCGCUUGAAAACAACAAAAAAAAUCACACAUCCAUUUCAAGCUACUGCUUCUACCUCUAUUUUGCACUGAGUAAAAUUGUGAAGCUGGUAAUUGAUGUCAUAUUUUCGAUUUGUCAUAAAUAUAUUGAUAUUAAACACUUUUGAAUUUGCUCAAUUUGUAAAUAGCCAUAGAUCCAGUGAAUUUUUGAAUCGUAAACCAUUUUUUUAUUUUGAAUUUUGCCUGAAAUGUCAUACAUUAUUUAGAGGGAUCAAUUUAGAACCUAUACCAAAAUAUUUUUAAGAAUCGUUUUCAGAUGUCCUCAAUAAAGGAAUAAA